CGGCCCGGCCCCGCCAUGUGGCCCAUGUGCUUCGCAUGACCCGGGUCUUCUCCACUGGGCACCGUGCGCCGCAGGCCCGGCCUGCGCCCCUUGCUUCUCCCGGGCUGGAGGGAGCUGCAGUAAGCAGCGCCCGGCGGUCAGGACAGAGGACCGGCUCUCACGCGCUGACCAUCCGUGAGGGCGCAGACCUGCGCCUGGACCGUGCAGGGCCCUUCACCGAUGUCGUCACCACCAACCUGAAGCUGGGCAACCCGACAGAGCGGAACGUGUGCUUCAAGGUGAAGACCACGGCGCCGCGCAGGUACUGCGUGCGGCCCAACAGCGGGGUCAUUGACGCCGGGGCCUCCAUCAACGUGUCCGUGAUGUUGCAGCCUUUCGAUUAUGACCCCAAUGAGAAAAGUAAACACAAGUUUAUGGUUCAGUCUAUGUUUGCUCCGACUGACACUUCUGAUAUGGAAGCAGUAUGGAAGGAGGCAAAGCCGGAAGACCUUAUGGAUUCAAAACUUAGAUGUGUGUUUGAAUUGCCAGCAGAAAAUGAUAAACCACAUGACCUAGAGAUAAAUAAAAUUUUGUCCGCAACUGCGUCGAAGACAGAAGCGCCGGCGGCAUCGAAACCCCAGAGCUCUUCCCUGGACGACACCGAGGUCAGGAAGGUGAUGGAGCAGUGCCGGCGGCUGCAGGGGGAGCUGCAGCGGCUGCGGGAGGAGAACCGGCGCUUCAAGGAAGAAGACGGGCUCCGCAUGAGGAAGUCCCCCGCGCACAGCAACAGCCCCGUGCCCGCGCCGGCCACGGCGGGGAAGGAGGAGGGCCCGAGCUCGCGGCUGCUGGCGCUGGUGGUCCUGUUCUUCAUCGUCGGGGUCAUCAUCGGGAAGAUCGCCUUGUAGGGCGCUCGGGCCGGUGGCGGCUGUGGGCCUGCGCCUGGGAGCCACGUCUGCCGCAGCCACGUGUACAGAUCGGUGUAUGAGACAUCUCACGGGUCUUGCCUUUAACCCCUCCCCGACCCCGCGCCCGUGCGCACGCGCGCAGCUACUCUAGCAGCCGCCUGCAGGAAGCUGAGGGUGUACAGCACGGACGGAAGGAUGGUCUGGGCCGGAGCCGCGGGAACACGCUGGCAUGUGUGUCCUUGCAAGCACGUGCGGCCGCGGGCCGGGCACCUCUCGCCCCAGGACGUGCUCCCCGCUGCCACGCCGGCCCUCGGGGGCUCCCCCUCACUGUCGCCCCGCACUGCUCACCCCCACACGCACCCCGGCCUGCUGCUUCGUGUUCUGCCCGGCGGGCAGCUCCCUGGGACCCGGGGGCAGGGCGGAAGCCGAGCGCCAGCCACGCUGGGCCCGCGGGCGACGCCGCGGGCCACCGACCCGGCGCCGGGUGGGGUCGGCGCGUCUCUCGGGCCCCUGGGUCGCCCCCGCUCUGGCCCGGGCCCCACUGCGCGAGAGACGUUUGAUGCCUAUUUAACUUAUUGACUGCGUUUCAUCUCAUGUUUCCUUGUCUCGAGGUGGCUGCUCGCGCUGGGGCUGCAGUGGGGGGCGGCUGCGGGCGUCUGCGGGCAGAGCGGGUGCGCCUGGGAGGGGCGGCCCUGGCCGUGGCCCGCGACCGCUGUAUCCUCUCCGGGGAAGAGCGGCCACCACCGCCCCUCCCCUGCGCGCUUCUGUGGCGGGACCUCGGGCUAGUCCAGCCGGGCGGUGGGGCGGGGGACACGCCCGCCGUCCAUCGAUUGUGAUCGAGGGUUUGACUGUGAAUUCAUUUUAUGCCACAAAAGACCAAUUCUGUUUGACUAUGUAGCAUCAUAAAAGAAAAAAAUUAAAAUAAAGCCCCA